AUGUCAAGUUCUAAUAAAAAAUGCGAGGAUAUUAUUGCAUUAAUUCAACCAACAGAAAUAGAAAUAGACGAGCAACAGGAUGAAACCUUUAUUCCAAAAAUUUCUAUUAUAGAUACCAUAAUUGGUGUUGAAAAUUUAUUAAAUUUUUUAGUAUAUCCUCCAAGUGAUUUUGAUGUAUGCGAAGAUGAAUUAAAAUGUAUUCGUACUCUUAGAAAAAAAUUGUUAAGUCAUAAGCCGAAUUUAUUUUGA